UUACACAAUGAAUUCUAAAGGAAGAAGAGGAUAAAACUGGAAUGGAACAUGGACAAUUGAACAAUGAGUUGACAAUGAUGGAGAGUAACGAUUUUAUGGUGAACUUUGGAUUUAUUGUGAAUAAUUACGAGUGCUAUAGGACAAAAAAGUCAUUUCUAUGUGAUCGACAUAUUUGUGACAUCGCAAGAUGACGCCUGCUGUGUAAUUCUGGACAAAGUGACAAUGUUUGGUGUUUUAAUGAGUCUAUUGACUUCCUAAAUAAUUAAAAAUUCAAUUCAAAACUGAAAUGAUUGUGGAAUGGAGGACUUAGUGGAUUUUAUGAGUGCAUUUGUGGUUAUGAAAAGUGAAAAGUGCUUUCGGGAGUUCCGUUAUUGCCGAUGUAUUGAUAAAAUACGCGAGAUGGGGGCGGUGUGUUGUUAAAUCGGUGGCGAGUGUUUUUUUGCUCGGGUAAAUAUUUGGAGUAUUUUAUUCAAAUUUGAAAAAUCGCCAGUGAAGAGUGGAAAAGUGAUUGAGAAGAAAGUGAAAACUGGAAUUGUGGGAGUUGGAGUGGAGUAUAUGCCAAGCUGCCGGGUGUUUCAACGACCGAUAUGAAAACUCUUCGCAGUGAAGACAUUGGAGAGUUGCCUCGCGAUGAGCUUGUGGAAAUUCUGCAUAAAGGACAGUUUUUCCAGGACAUAAUAUCGCAGCACGUUGCACCCCUAGAAUUCCAUUUCGGUCAUGUUUUUGAGAAUCCGAACGAGUGGGAGCAACGGUUCGAGAAGAAAGAUAUCGAGAAUAAUCAGUUUCAAGGGAAAGUUCGAUGGGGCACGAAAAACGGAGAUUAUGGAGAACAUUAUUGGGACCUCAAUCACUAGAAAUAUAUCUAAUCCGCUCUUG